AUGGAUUUCCAACAAGUCUACAAUGUCUCACAUUAUGACUUCCAUUUAAUUGGAUUUACAGAUCUCCAAGGAUACCGACCCCUUCUCUUUAUCCCUUUUUUUGUCAUUCUAGUAUACACAUUGAUGGCUAAUUCUGUUCUGUUAUUGGUGAUUAUGAAGCAGAGGUCUUUGCAUGCUCCCAUGUAUAUUCUGAUUGCAUUAAUUGCUGCUCUUGGGUGUGCUGUGCCAAUAUUUAUUCUCCCCAGGAUGUUAAAUAGUUUUUUGCAUGGCACAAAUGUAAUUACUAAAAGUGAAUGUUUCAUUCAAAUGUUUGUUAUUGGUGUAGCUGGUUGCUUUCAGUCAAGCAUUUUACUUUGGAUGGCUGUUGACAGGUUUUUUGCUAUUAUUUACCCAUUGCGAUACCAAAAGUUUGUAAAUAUCUCCAAUUCAUUAAUGUUUUGCUCAAUUUUGGUAAUACGUAAUUUUUUAUACGGAUUUGGAAUACUUAGUCUUGCCAUACCACUGCCAUUUUGUAAGUCAAACCUAAUUUACCACUGCUAUUGUGAGCAUACAUCAGUUGUUAAUAUGGCCUGUGGAGAUAUCUCUAGAAAUUACUUAGCUGGGGUAAUGGGUUUUAGUAUUCCAAGUAUUGAUUGUGUUGUUAUACUGUCUUCCUAUAUUGCUAUAUUUUUGGUCAUAUUUCGCUCUCCUUCCAGUGAGUCUCGCCAAAAAGCUAUUCAGACAUGCAGCUCUCACUUAAUGAGUAUAGCAGUUGCUUACUUCAGUGCUCUUACAACAUUUGUUGGGUAUAGGGUGAGUACAGUUCCACGAGAUGUACGUAUCCUGUCUAGUUUGUUAUAUCUUCUUCUUCCAGCUUGUUUAAACCCACUUAUCUAUGGUUUACGGACAAAAGAAAUUAGGGUAAACCUAAUGAAAUUACUAAAAAUGACCAAAAUUAGUACAUCUUGA